AUGUCAGAGGUUAUAUCGCUAAAUUAUAUGGGCGACAGUGUUAAGAGAAUCAAUAGUGGAAGUAGUAAGAAGUUCACUAGUUUCAGGACGCUUAUCUCUUACUUGUUUAAGAAAGGGAACAACGAACAUGAUACUAAUCAUGCUACAAUCAUAGUUAUAGCUCGCAGUAUAACGCGGGAGCGAUGUAAAUUAGAUCGGUUGGGGAUGAAGGAGAAGACGUUAUUAUUGAAAUAUUACUUUAAUCAUUUGAAUGUCGUGGUGGUGGAUGGUGGUGCAUUGGAGAACGAGUUGGUGGUAGAACAAAUCAAUGAGGCGAUCGAGAGGAUCGACAAAUUGAUCCACGAUAGGAUAUCAAGGGUGGAAACGUGGACAGGGACAGGGAAGGCUUCAGUGAACGAUUUUUUCGAUCAAGAAACGGCUGCCGAUAACGACUUGAUGUUUUCUAUAGACGAUAUUGUGGCGACGAUGUCGUUUGUGUUGACUUACAACACCAACACCACCCCGGGGACUCUCGCGAGCGUCAUCGAACUCAACAAACUCAUAAUGGAAGAAAUCGAUUUUUUGAGCUUGUUAUCUAAUAACUCGAAACGUCAUUUGCUGAAACUAUGCCAUUUGUUAGGUCACUGGUCGUUUCCGGCCCACGAGUUGACCAACGACGACUUGGUGUACUGUGUGUAUUUGGUAUUAGCGUAUGCGAUAAACGAGGUGAAGAAAAGCACCGAUUUGGAAUUGCAGCCCGAUGUGUUGUUUCCAUCAUCUAACGAGUUGCUUGGGCUUGUAUUCAUGGUCAGAGAUACCUACAAGAACGGAAAUCCGUUUCAUAAUUUCCGUCAUGCUGUGGAUGUGUUGCAGGCGUGUUUUCACUACGUGAUCAGAUUGAGGUGCUUGCCGUACUUCAAGCAGUUCAGAACCGACCCCAAGGCUGAUGAAUGGCUUGUGUUGAGCGGUGACAUAGCGCUAGACACAGUCGUAGAACUUAUACCAGUUGAUGACAACAACACGGUGCUGGAGACCUUGCACAAGAGCUCCCCACUGUCAACGUCGGUAUCAACCAGUAUUCAGGCCAAAUCAGCUCUUGUUGAUGGACUGAUCAUAUCCAUGCAGAAGGAGACUACUGUUGAGAGCUCGGCUCAUAUGAAUUCAAUCCAAACAUUAGCUUUGCUAAUAGCGGCCUUGGGCCACGACGUGGGACAUCCUGGCGUCACCAAUGCAUUCAUGAUUAAACAUUCAGCACCAAUGUCGCUCAUAUACAACGAACGAUCGGUGCUUGAGCUGUACCAUUCAGCAGUAUUCAUCAACAAAAUUCUUGCCAUAAACUGGCCCGGUAUCCUUAGCGUGAAUAUUGACCGCAAGACUAAAAUCUCCUUGAAGAACUUGAUCAUAUCUUGCAUCCUUGCCACAGAUAUGGCCGAGCAUUUUGAGUACAUAGAUAAACUAGCCCAUUUCAAGGCAGACCGGUACAUGCUCGAAGUUAAUCGUGUCAAUCUUAUUUCAAGUCUCUUGAUCAAGUGCGCUGAUAUCUCGAACGUCACCAGACCAUUACGGGUUUCGUCCCAAUGGGCACUGGUGCUUGGUCGGGAAUUCUGCGAGGUGUCCACGUUGGAGAAGAAACUUGCACACAACCAGCUAACCCCGGAGCUCGAUAUUCAUUACGACAAGGUCCCAAGCGCAUUGCCUGAUAUCUUGCAGGCCAACCCCGACAUACACAAGGGCCAAAUCUUUUUCAUCAACACCUUUGCCGAAAACUUAUUCAAUAACAUCGCCGAAUUGUUGCCCGAGCUUCGUUACACCUGCGACAUUGUCCAGGAAAAUAAGGAGUUCUGGCUAAGUCGUUAG